UUGUUUUUCAGGACGUAUUUCUACGAGGGAGAAGAAGUAUGUGACCGGAAUCGCGACAUUUUCAAAGAGACCGUCGAUGCCGUGGCCAAGGUGACUCAGGGCGAAGGCUUCGCCGCCAUAAAGGUUACCGCUCUAGGGAGGCCGACGCUAUUGUUGAAACUUUCAGAAUCAAUUGCUCAAACCCACAACUUUUUCAAAACAUUGACCGGUACGCAGAAGAUUCAGUUCUCUCGUCUCAGUGAGGAAGAUCUCGACUUGGGUGUCAAAGCGGAUUCGAAGCAGAUUCGAGAUUGGUUCAAGAGCGUUGAUUUCGAUGGUGACGGCUAUAUGGAUUUCCACGGCUGGAGCAGGAUUCUUGACGAUCAUAUCAAACUUGGAAACAUGUUUAAAAUUCUCAACAUCAAAACAGGCCAGUUGGAACCACUGAUCCAGAACCUAACAGCUGAUGAAGAACAAGAGGUUUGUGUUUCCGCUCGUCUUACAGUGCCAAAUCUUCACUGA